CAAUAUUUGCAAGAGGAAUGAAUAAUUUUGUUCUUUGUUUGUUAACUGUAUGUCAUCUUUGUUUUAAAUACACAUAUUCAAACGAAAUGUUGAUGAGAGUUGAGCUUUCAUUCUAGGAUGUCAGGAAUGACACUAACAUGUGUAUGAUAGCUUCUAGUUUAAUUUGAUAUCAUGGUCACCAUCCAAGCCUUAGAAUUGAUCUCAACACAGAGGAUACAGCAGAUUAAUCUCAAUAGCGGCAAUUGCAUUCAUUUUAUUUGUCACCGGACACCUUAACUUUGACAUCCCUAAAGCGACAACAAACAUCACAUUAGGGACCACUACGGAUACGGGAAGAUGAAGUAGGAAGCAUAUUUCAUGACAGCCUACCUGCCUGCCUCCUUCUACUAGUGCCUCGAGGAGUUGCUUGCGUAAACUAGCCUACUGCCAGAGACAGAGGGGACAUUAAACGGAUUUGCCCAUGUGGCCUACACAGCAAAUUCACAGGUGUUACAUUUCUGGUGUUAUGACAAAUAAACACUGUUGCAGUGAUAGAUGUUAAACUCUCAACACCGUUGGUGUAGAUAUGAUACAAAAGUCAGUGAUAAUUUGCAGAGUUCUGAUCAAUAAACACCAAUUGGGUGUAACGAGUUCCAUCCGGGAUAUUUUGCACAUCGCUCAAACUUCCAGCGCAGUCCGCCAUUACUGAAACCCCGGCAGGAUAGCAGACUUAUCUCCAAGUGGUGGACAAUUUUGUGUGAUGUAACAUCAAGUAAAGUGGAUGCGAUGAUUAUCAAGGUAAAAUACCAGAACAUAAAAAAAUACGUCAAGAUAUGUGAGCCAUGCUUGGAUAUGUUCAUGACUGAAGUCCGGGUGAAGUUCUCCAUAAAUGAAGACAAAACCUUGACAGUGACUGAUGAUGGAGGAACAGAAGUGGAUGCUGAUGUGUUUCCAGAGCUGGUUACCAAGGACAUGUGCUUAGUCAUCCAUGAUUCUGAUGAAGAGUCGCCUAUCCCUGAGUUUUCAUCUAGCCUCACGGACACAUGUUCGUUGUCAAGUAGUCAGGAUAGUGGGACUAACCUUAGCCUGUGCAAAAGAGCACGCUUGGAGGAAGACGUGUUGCAGUGUGCUCCAGCCAGAGAGCUUGUUAAGAAGGUUCUGCUUGAGAAAGCUGGUGGAGCGGCAAUCAUGAAAGAGUAUGAGGACACUGGGAGUUUGAGUGACAGUUCGAGGCGACAGAUGGUCAACAUUUUAGCGGCACACAUGACAGAAACCGAAGGGAGAAUUCCACAAAGGCUGACUAAGGAAAAAUAUGCCCUUGGUGUCAUCACCUUGUUCCCAUACCUGAAAGACCCAUUCUCUAAAAAAGGCUAUGAGCAUUUCUAUGAUGCCCAAAGUGGAACAGGAUUCAUCGCUUGGCGACUCAAGACCAUCCAACGGAAGACUAAGCUUCGUCCUCUGUCAUCUAGUUCUCCGAAGGCAGAUGUCACAGGUGGUCCAACAGUCGCCAGGAAUAUCAGUCAAGAUCAGCUUCAGGAUGAGGCAUGUGAAGAGGCCAUUUCUCUGAUGACCCAUACCAAUGAUCGUGAGACAAUAUUCCAGAAGAUGCAAGAGACAUUCCAGUACAGGCAGAGGCUUAUCCACAAUCCUGCAACUUCAGCAAAAGUCUUGUCCGUGUUCCCAAGACUUUUGGACACAAAAGGAUUAGUUCUUCAAGACUUCAGCCUUCUCCUUGGAUCUGAAACAUCUGCAAGACUUCUGGAAAGAUGGCCCUCAUUCAAACCGAAGCUGAUAAAAGAAGGAGCUGCACUUGUACAAACACCAUUGCUCCAACGCCUAUUGCAGUCUGCCAGGGAGGAGCAAGUGGAGCCGUCUUACAAGGCUGGGACAGUGAUAUGUCCACUUUACUCCUGCUGUUGCACAUCCUGUCACCUCAGCCAGCUGGGAGAAAGAGGAGUCACAAGAUCAGUGCAAGUCAAGCCAUAGACAACUUGGUAGUUUUUCACAAGUCAUGCCAGAGUCUUGAUGAGCACUUGAAUGAAGAUGAACGUCGGCAGCCAUAUCUGCUAGCUUCGGGAACCUCCAAGCGAGCCAUCAACAACUUCUACAUAGCCAUGGAUAAGAAGCUCAUUCCAUGCCAAGGAAGCACCUCUCUGGCAGCAUUCGACGAGCUUUUCAAGGUUCAUUUUGUUUUCAGUUUGAGUUACGACGAGUCUCUUCGCAGCUUUUUUACAUUCUUGCAGACCACUGUCUACAAUAUUGAUGUGGGAACCACCAAAGAGAGCCCAAAAGUAAAGGAAUUGCGAGCAAAGUUGAUUAAUAAUGUAUAGGUGUUACGUUUGUGGGACACUGCAUGGCUCUGGUGGGGUCUUGAUUCAACACCUUAAACUCUUACAUGGCUUAUAUCCUGGCAAAAGGUUACGUUUGAUAUGUGCACAGGAUGGUUGUUCUUUUGAGUUCAGAAGUUACUCUGGUUUCCGCAGACAUCUUAAACGUUUACACACGGACACUAAUGCUACUGAACCAAGUUGGUCAGACGAACCAAUGGCUAUGUCUGACAUCACAUCAUCAGGUACGCCGGCUCUGCCUUUGGAUGGGUGUGGUGAUGCACAUUCUAUUGAGACUUUGGACUUAAAUCAAGACUUGGCCAAUCAAAGUGAAUGUUCUUUAGUGUCAAAACAUAUGUGUGCUUCUGUUGUUGCAAAGUUGCAGGGCAGUGGUGUUUCAACCAAUGUUAUUUUGUCAGUUGUUGAAAGUAUGGAGGAAUGUUUGAAUGAUAUCCACACAUCCAUUAAACAUCAAAUCUUGAAGGUUGUGCCAGAGUGCAACCCUAGUAGAAGGGCAGUUGAGGAUGUGCUUACAAACUUGCAGAACCCCUUUUCUGAACUCAAUACUGAUAGCAAAUGGAAAAAAUAUUUUUAUACUAAAUGGGGAGUUGUACAACCUGUAGAGGUGCAUUUAGGAGUAAGAUAUGAUUCUAAGAAAAACAAAGUUUCUGGAAAUUAUGAACAGGUACCAGUCAAUGACACUUUCAUCUAUAUACCAUUGUUUAAAACACUUGAUUUUAUUUUCAAGAAUGAGGUGAUUCGCAGCCACAUCCUAUCGUCUACAUUUAGUGAUCUGUAUUCUGAUUUCUGCGAUGGUUCUUAUUUUAAGACUAAUCAAUUGUACUCUAAAACCGAACAUGCCCUCCAGAUUCAGGUUUAUUACGACGAUUUCGAAACCGCUAACCCUCUCGGUUCCAAGCAGGGGGUACAUAAGCUCGGAUGUUUGUAUUUCACACUCAGAAAUCUUCCACCUCAUCUCAAUUCUUCACUUAUGAAUAUACAUCUCAUUUCUCUAUUUCACUCACAAGAUGCCAAGAAAUAUGGCUUGGAUAAAAUACUGACUCCUUUUCUAGAUGAUGUUAAAAAACUUGAAGUUCAUGGAAUGAAAGUGUCAUUUUCUGAGGAACCUCUUUAUGGAACAAUAUCACAGAUUACAGGUGACAAUUUAGGUUUGAAUGGCAUCCUUGGCUAUGUAGAGUCUUUCAGUGCCACCUACUAUUGCAGGCUAUGCUUAACAGACAAGCAUACAGCUCAGACUGUAUUUAGUGAACAUGAUCCAAGGGUUGUUUUGAGAUCAAGAGAGCUGAAUGAGCAGCAUUACAAAUCCCUUGAGAACUCUGGUGAUGGUUCAUGCUAUGGUAUCAAGCACAACAGCAUUCUCAAUGAUUUAAAAUAUUUUAAUGUUGCAGAUAAUGUUGUCGUUGAUAUAAUGCACGACCUGCUUGAAGGUGUAGCACAGUAUGAAAUCAAGCUACUUUUAGACUACCUCUCUCAAAAUUUCAUUACCAGUGAACACAUCCUACUGAGAAUUUAUGGGUAUAGCUAUGGAUACUUGGACCGCAAGAACAGGCCAACAAAGAUCAAUAUGCAGGGUAAUCGGCUUGGUCUUAAUGCUAGUCAAACUAUGUGUCUUUUGAGAAACAUUCCACUCAUAUUUGGGAGUGUUGUUCCAGAUAAAGAUAAACAUUGGAGUCUACUCCUCCUUCUGCUUGAUAUUUCUAGCAUAAUCUUUUCACCUAACAUUUCUGAGGGUAUGACUGUCUAUUUGGGGUCUUUGAUCGCAGAGCAUCACAAAUUAUUUAAGGAAGUCUACCCUAGUCAGAAUUUGCUCCCUAAACACCACCUAAUGGUCCAUUAUCCAGGUGUGAUUAGAAAAAUUGGUCCUUUAGUCCAUGUAUGGACCAUGCGAUACGAGGCCAAACACCGUUUUUUUAAAACUAGCAUUAAAAAUUUCAAAAAUUUGACAAAGUCUUUAGCAGUAAAGCAUCAGUUAGCUACAGCCUAUCAUUGGGAGUCACUUACGUCACUUAAAGGUAUCGAAUCGGGUCCAGUGAAAACUGAAAUCUUAAAUGAGUUUGACUAUGAGGAACUGGUCUGUGCACAUUUCCAAAUCGCCAAGUCCACUACUGUUUGUUCUACUGUGUGGGUAAGAUGUGAUGGGGUUGAUUACCAUUGUGGAUCUAUUGUUUGUGUUGAUGUGGAGGAUGAAAUGCCGUUGUUUGGUGAAAUUGUGUCAAUAAUUUUACAAAAACACGACAUACAUUUCAUUUUGAUGGAUACUGAGACUGUUUAUGUCGAGCACCUUCACGCUUUUGAGGUUAAAGAACUUAAUCAUUUUUAUAUUGUUAAAAAAGAUGAUUUGCAACAUUACAAACCUUUUGAUCUUCAGAUGUCAUAUGGCUGUGAUUUGUUGUUUUAUAUUGUGCCUGACUGUUGCAUUUUGUAAUGAGCUGAAGAAUGUUUCACUGUUUAAUAAAUAAAUGUAGUACAUUUUUACAUUAA